AUGGCGCAACGUGCAUCAGUCCCAGCGAGCGUGCAUGAAGGUCCGGCACCCGGCACAUCGCCCACGAAUGAUCACACCCACCACGCAGAUCUUGCCGGCGCCCCAACAUCAGACGAUUCAGAGGACGUCUUCAGAGCCGAAAUUCCCGCUGACGAAAUACCUGGACUCCGAGAGGCGAUUACGAGGCAGGUGGAGGAGCAGCUGCGGUCAGGAAAGCUGCCUGGGUUGAAAGCAAUGUCCCUGGCCAAGGUACGAUAUUGCUGUCCAUCUAAAGUACUCGCAGACAGGUUUGCUGAUGGCGGCAUUCAGCUAGCGUGUCCAGCGUGUGUACAUGUAAUUAUGAAACUUUGA